GGCGUACACACUGCGAAGCGGAAGUCGCGGUGGAGUAGUGACAGCAACAUAGCAGCAUUAAAAUAAUAAAUGUAGCUUAAAGAUUACGUAACGGAGCACAACUGCCAUUUCAGACAAUUUCAAAUGCAGUUCGAAAGCUAAAUGUGGUUUUCUAUUCCUUCACAUCGCGCUAACCGAGUUAGGAUAGGAAAUAAGAAGACAGUGACGCGAAAGUAAUGUCUGCAAAAAUACAAGCAAGCAAAAGCAAAGACAGCGGGGAACUUAUUAAAAACCACCACAAACAGGCGUUUGAACAUAUAUCGAAGGCUUUGAGGAUCGACGAAGAUGACAAAGGAGAAAAGGGCGAAGCGGUCCAGUGGUACAAGAAGGGGAUUGCUGAGCUGGAGAGAGGCAUUGCAGUGGAGAUCACGGGACUAGCAGGGGAUCAAUAUGACAGAGCGAAGAGACUGCAAGAUAAAAUGAUGUUAAAUCUCACCAUGGCUACAGACAGGCUUGCUCUGUUGGAAACCGCACUGGCCUCUAAACGGAGAAGUGAUCCACCACCAACCAGAGUACCUUCACAACCGAAGCCAAAAAGCAGCACUCCAGCAGCAGGCGUGUCCACGAACACCAGACCUGCUGCUGCUGUCCGACACCCAAGACCCACGGAUCCAAAGGUAACCCCUCGAAUGGGAAAAUCUCAGAAUGGGAAACCUGCAGCUGGGAAGCAGCCCCCAAAGAGGGAUAUGAAGAACUUCAAGAACGUGGAUAGCAAACUGGCCAACUUGAUUCUGAAUGAAAUUGUUGAUAGGGGGGCCUCUGUAUCAUUUGAUGACAUCUCGGGUCAGAGUUUGGCUAAACAAGCACUUCAAGAAAUUGUAAUUCUCCCUGCCUUAAGACCAGAGUUGUUUACUGGGCUGAGGGCACCUGCACGUGGCUUACUUUUGUUUGGCCCACCUGGGAAUGGUAAAACCAUGCUGGCCAAAGCAGUCGCUGCUGAGUCAAAUGCCACAUUUUUCAGCAUUAGCGCUGCCAGUUUGACUUCUAAAUAUGUGGGAGAAGGAGAGAAGCUUGUAAGAGCUCUAUUUGCAGUUGCCAGAGAGUUACAGCCCUCUAUCAUCUUUAUUGAUGAAGUGGACAGCUUACUUUGUGAGAGGAGGGAGGGGGAGCACGAUGCCUCCCGUCGUCUAAAAACUGAGUUCCUCAUUGAGUUUGAUGGGGUUCAGUCCGGAGGCGACGACAGGGUGCUGGUAAUGGGAGCAACUAACAGGCCACAGGAGCUGGAUGAAGCAGUUCUAAGGCGGUUUACAAAAAGGAUUUAUGUGACAUUACCAGAUGAGAAGACAAGAUUGACGUUACUUCAAAACCUUUUGGGAAAACAUGGGAAUCCUUUGAGCACAAAUGAGCUAUCCUCUCUUGCAAAAGUUGCUGCGGGUUACUCAGGAAGCGAUCUGACGUCAUUGGCUAAAGAUGCUGCACUCGGGCCGAUCAGAGAACUGGGACCGGACCAAGUCCGUAAUAUGUCUGCCAGUGAGAUGCGUAACAUAAAGAAGAAAGACUUUGAGGACUCCCUGAAGCGUAUUAAGCCCACUGUUAGCUCAGGAACUCUUAAUAUGUACACACAGUGGAACAAAGACUUUGGUGAUACAACAGCCUUUUGAGCCGGAUUGUUUUUUUUUCUACUUGUUUAAAAAGAAAUUAAACAUGUAUUGCCUCUAUUAUUUCCAAGUAUGAAUGAAACCUGAGGAACCCCCCCCCCCCCCCCCCCCCCCCCCCCCGCCUUUUUCGGUUGGUAAAUCUGUAAUAUGUGAAUAAUUUUGAAGCACUAUGGGAUAAUUUCCUGUUUUAUGGAAAGACUUAGCGAAUGCAGUUCUUGCGUAUUUAUUUUAUUGCACUCCUAGAUCAAUCUUUCUCUGUGAAAUUUCAAUUUCUGUAAAUUCUUACUGAACAUUGCUCUUUUAUGUCAUUGUACACAUCAUUUUAGUCACCUGAUGCACUGGAUUGAUUUGUCAUUGAAAGUGAUCAUCAGGUACUCCGUGUAGUUAGAAUCAACUACAACAGGGAAAUAACUGGGAAAAAAAUUGCCAAAGUUUGUUUUUUUUCUUUUAAUAUAUAUGUAGAGAGAUUUUCAGUUUGUAUUAUUAGUUUGUAGAUAUGCGUACUUAACAUUUCUCAGCAAAUAAAAGACCUCAUGAACUGUGUUUUUUUUUUUUCUCCAAACAGUUAUAACGUGUUGAAUGUUUAGUUGUUCCAAAAAGAUGGAAUGACUUCCCAUUUUCUUCAUCAAUAAAUCCAUU